GGGGAGACCUCUGGUCUUCUUGUCCAAUUCUUGCGCUCACACUUCGGCGGGGAAGCUAUAAAGCGCCACUGAUGAGAUGAAGAAAAUGCGAAGCUCUCCCUUUUCCACUCCCGGUCAAUAUUACAAUUCCACCGGAGAGAAGACUGAGGAGGAGAGACGCCAGAGAAAAUGGCCGAAAACGGAGGAGGACCAACUGAAAAAGAAGUAGAAGAAGGUCCGGCCAUAGGGAUCGAUCUCGGAACCACUUACUUCUGUGUCGGGGUCUGGCAGCCACAGCACAACCGGGUUGAGAUCAUCACCAACGAUUUAGGCAACCAUGUGAAAAGGCUGAUUGGCAGAAAGUUCGGUGAUAUAAUGGUACAAAAUGAUAUAAAGCUCUGGCCGUUUAAAGUCACAGCUGGCCCCGAGUAUGGGAAUGCCGAAAAACCUAUGAUAGCUGUAACUUACAAGGGCAAAAAAGUCAAGGAUGCUGUUAUCACCGUUCCUGCCUACUUCAAUGAUGCACAGCGUCAGGCUACGAAAGAUGCUGGUGUCAUUGCUGGGCUUAAUGUCUUGCGUAUCAUCAAUGAGCCCACAGCCGCUGCAAUUGCAUAUGGUAUUGAUAAGAAAGGAUCUGGAAGUGGUGAUUUUGCCUCAAAGAACGUUCUGGUUUUUGAUCUUGGUGGUGGGACAUUUGAUGUAUCUAUUGUUGCAAUGGAGAAGGAUGCAUUUGAGGUCAAAGCAGUUAACGGGGACACCCAUUUAGGUGGAGGGGAUUUCAAUAAUAGAAUGGUGAGCCACUUUGUUGCCGAGUUUGAGAGGAAACAUAAGAAAGACAUUAGUUCAAAUCCAAGGGCUCUUGGGCGGUUAAGAGCAGCUUGUGAAAAGGCCAAGAGAAACCUAUCCUCGGUUACUGAUACAUCUAUAGACAUUGAUUGUCUCUAUGAGGGCUUUGAUUUCUCUUCGACCAUCACCCGUGCACGCUUUGAGCAAAUGAACUUGGAUUUGUUUAAUGCUUGUUUGGACUGUGUUGAUAAUUGUUUAAAGGAUGCCAAAAUGAAGAAGGACGACAUUCAUGAUAUUGUUUUGGUUGGUGGGUCCACCCGAAUCCCAAAGGUCCAGGCAUUGUUGCAAGACCUCUUCCAUAGAGAGAAGCUUUGCAAAAGUGUAAACCCGGAUGAGGCUGUUGCCGAUGGAGCUGCUUCUCAUGCCGCGUCCCUGACAGCACCCAGAGGUGUUCCUAAGUUUGACGUUGAUUUUGAAAUUGAUGCCAAUGGCAUCUUGACUGUGUCCGCAGUACUAGUGGGGAGCAACAAUAGUGAUCAGAUCACUAUUACCAAUCACAGCUUGAGGCUUUCAAAGGAGGAGAUUGAUCGGAUGGUGAAAGAUGCCGAGGAGUACAAGUCUCGAGAUGCGGAGCGCAAGAAAGCAUCCGUGGCUAGAAAUUCUUUGGAGAAUUGCAUUCACUACUCAUGGGGUAUUUUGAGUGUUUUGGUAAAGAAGGCUGGGAAGAAGAAAAUGAAAACCUUAAAAGAUGCAGUUGAGAACACUGCUAAAUGGUUAGAAUGGAAUUUCCCACUUGGUGAUGCUCACAUGUUUGAGGAAAAACGGAAAGAGCUUGAGCUCAUAUGUGACUCUGCGCUUACCAAGACGCAACCUCAGCCAGCAAGACGUGUAACACGCCCAAAACACGACCGGGUUGAGAUCAUCCCCAACGAUUUAGGCAACCGUACGACGCCGUCUUGGGUUGCCUUCAACGAUGGUGAACGACUCAUCGGCGAAUCUGCACAGUACCAGGCCGCCGUCAAUCCCUCCAAUACCAUCUUCGAUGUGAAGAGGCUGAUAGGUAGAAAGUUUAGUGAUGUAACGGUGCAAAAUGACUUGAAACUCUGGCCUUUUAAAGUCAUCGCUGGCCCUGAUGGUGGCAGUGGUGGUGGAAAGAAACCAAUGAUAUCAGUCACUUACAAAGGCGAAGAGAAGCUAUUUACUGCUGAGGAGAUAUCUUCAAUGAUCCUCCAAAAGAUGAAGAUUAUUGCAGAGGCAUAUCUAGGCAAACAAGUCAAGAAUGCUGUCAUCACUGUUCCAGCCUACUUCAAUGAUGCACAACGUCAAGCUACAAAAGAUGCCGGCGUCAUUGCUGGGCUUAAUGUCGUACGCAUCCUCAAUGAGCCUACAGCUGCUGCAAUUGCCUAUGGUCUUGACAAGAAAGGAUCUGGUAGUGGUGAUCCUGCUUUAAAGAACAUACUGGUUUUUGAUCUUGGUGGUGGGACUUUUGAUGUGUCUAUUGUUUCAGUGAAGAAGGACGUGUUUGAAGUCAAAGCUGUUAAUGGGGACACCCACCUUGGGGGAGGGGAUUUCAAUAACAGAAUGGUGAGCCACUUUGUAGCUGAGUUUGAGAGGAAACAUAAGAAAGACAUCAGCACAAAUCCUAGAGCCCUAGGGCGGCUGAGAGCAGCAUGUGAGAGGGCCAAGAGAAACCUCUCUUCAGUUACAGAAACGUCUAUUGAAUUGAGUAUCUUUGAUGCCAAAAUGGAGAAGAACAACAUUCAUGAUGUUGUUUUGGUUGGUGGGUCGACCCGAAUCCCAAAGAUUCAGGGUUUGUUGCAAGACUUGUUCCAUGGAAAGAAGCUUUGCAAAAGUGUAAACCCGGAUGAAGCUGUCGCUUGUGGAGCAGCUUUUCAUGCUGCAUCCCUGACUGGUGCCUGUUUGGGUACGAAUAAGGAUAUUGUGCUUGUGGAUGUUACUCCUUUGUCUCUUGGUAUUGAGACGUAUGAUUUGGACAUGUCUAUUGUGAUUCCAAGGAAUACCACCAUCCCUACAAAGAUGACAGCGAAGAUGCAAACUGCUCUUGACAACCAAACAAGUAUUUUGUUCCCAGUGUUUGAGGGGGAAAUGCCAAUAGCAAUGGACAACUAUUUUCUGGGCAGAUUCUCCCUCCAUAACAUUCCUCCAGCACCCAAAGGUGUUGCUAAGUUUGAUGUUGAUUUUGAAAUCGAUGCCAAUGGCAUCUUGACUGUGUCUGCAGUCCUAGUGGGUAGUGACAACAGAGACCAAAUCACAAUAACCAAUCACAGUGCUAGGUUGUCGAAGGAGGAGAUUGAUCGGAUGGUGAAUGAGGCUGAGGAGUACAAGGCUCAAGAUGUGGAGCGCAGGAAGGCAGCCGUGGCUAAAAAUGCUUUGGAAAAUUACAUCCACUACACGAGGGGCACUUUGAGCGGCUGCGGAAAUAGGGCUGGGAUGAAAGACAAGAUAGCUUUGAGAGAAGCAGUUGAGAGGACUGGCCGUUGGUUGGAGUGGAACUACCUUCUCUGUGAUGCUCUCAAGUUUGAGGAAAAGAGGAAAGAGCUGGAGGCAGUAUGUGAGUCUGUCAUUACUAAGAUGAUGGAGCCUAAGCUUGGUAGUUGCACGCGUGCCAAGGCUGAGAUCAUUGAGAUAGAGGACGACUAGUUGAGGCCGAUGAAUCUUGAAACUCAGUUUAAUUAGGUGCCUAUUAUGGCGCGUUCUGACCUUUUUUGUUAAGCCGUAUGCUUAAGCUUUUU